GUGCACACGGUCACGUGGCCGGCGGUGUACCAAUCCGCCGCACGCAUGCGCAGAGAGCUGGCCGGCUCCGGUGCGGUGCUGCUGGGAGAAGGGGCCUGCCGCUGGGGCCGGGGCUACAGAUCGCAGCACCGGUUACUAAACACUUCCACCUCUCAUUUGGCGCCAUGACACACCUUAGUUCUAAAUUGGAGGGGCCAGAGGACAAGUAAAAUGUGGUCUUCUAAUUUUUGGUUAUUGGGAUGCUCUUUCCCAUGACAGCAAUGAUAACCUGGAGGAAGCACUAUGGAGAAGGCAGUGAAUUCAUCAGAAAUGUUGCCUUCUAAAUCAUCUCAGGUUUCCAGUAGAAAAGAGACCGAAUCAACCAAAGAAGUAGACUCCAGUAAAAUUCAAAAGGAGAAACGGGUUGGCUUUGUGCUGGUACAUGCAGGUGCUGGAUAUCAUUCUGAAUCAAAAGCUAAGGAAUAUAAACAUGUCUGUAAACGAGCAUGUAAAAAGGCAAUUGAAAAGUUACAGGCCGGUGACCUUGCAACUGACGCAGUCACUGCAGCGCUGGUGGAGUUGGAGGACUCUCCUUUUACAAAUGCAGGAAUGGGAUCAAACUUGAAUCUUCUUGGAGAAAUAGAAUGCGACGCCAGCAUAAUGGAUGGGAAAUCUUUAAGCUUUGGUGCAGUGGGAUCCUUGAGCGGAAUAAAGAAUCCAGUAUUGGCAGCAAACAAGUUGCUAUUCGAAGGACAAAAAGGAAAACUCUCAGCUGGCAGAAUCCCACCUUGCUUUUUAGUUGGAGAUGGUGCUUUUAAAUGGGCUGUAGACCAUGGUAUACCGACGUGCCCUCAAGACAUCAUGGCUACAAAACUAAGUCUAGCUGCAUUUAAGCGCAACAAAAGAAAACUGGAGCUGGCAGAAAAGGUGGAAACAGACUUUAUUCAAUUUAAAAAACGAAGACAAUCAAGUGAAAAGGAGAAUGAUUCAGGAACUCUGGAUACUGUUGGAGCAAUAGUUGUUGACCAAGAUGGGAAUGUAGCUGCUGCGGUCUCCAGUGGAGGAUUAGCCAUGAAACAUCCUGGAAGAGUUGGCCAGGCUGCUCUGUAUGGAUGUGGCUGCUGGGCUGAAAACACUGGAGUUCACAACCCUUAUUCUACAGCUGUGAGUACUUCAGGCUGUGGAGAGCAUCUCGUGAGGACCAUACUGGCCAGGGAAUGCUCUCUUGCAUUGCAGGCUGAAGAUGCACAUCAAGCUUUGUUAGAGUCUAUGCAAAACAAAUUUAUUGGUUCACCUUUCCUGGCUGAUGAAGACAGCAUUCUUGGUGGGGUAAUUGUUCUUCGGUCGUGCAGGUGUUCCUCAAAGUUGGACUCCGCAGAUGAUAAACAAGCACUUCUAGUGGAGUUCCUGUGGAGUCAUACCACGGAGAGCAUGUGUGUUGGUUAUAUGUCUGCUCAAGAUGGGAAAGCCAAGACACACAUUUCCAGGCUUCCUCCUGGUGCAGUAGCUGGACAGUCUGUAGCCAUUGAAGGUGGUGUGUGCAGACUGGAGAGUUCCCUCAGCUGAACCAGACUCUUCCUGCUUUUCCAGCUUCUUCCACACUGAUAACUCACUCAUGGAAAUGUUUUUCUGUAUUCCAACAACUGUCUGAAACUCUCUUAUCCUCAGUCUCUUGUCAUUGCACAAUAUACACUGUAUAAGCUGAACCUGUAACCUGUAGUCUCCUAUCGUGCCACUGUGAUGGCGUCUUUAUAAUAAUACACUUACAGUAGACCUAAACCUGUUUGUACUUAUUGGACUUAGUGUGAACUGUACAUCUCCUUUUCCUUGAAUAAUUUGUUAUUUUAGCUUCCACAGUAUAGUGCCUGUUUUACAUUUUGGAUGCUAUAUGUUACCUAAUUAUAUUUUCCCUUUAAAUUCCAGAUUUGUUGAGUAAUAAUGUGUUUCUGUUAAUCUCCUCUCAUACCUAUGGCUCUUGUGUAGAUAAUUGUGCAGUUUUUUUUAUGGUGAAUUUAAUUACUUUUACCCCAUCUCCAUUUAAUUUAUAAUGGGCAGUGCCUGUUCUUUUGCAUUGUUUGAAUCUUUGAGUACGUUAUUUCCCCGCAAUUAAGGUGAGUGGCAACCUAACAUUUAAUUUACUUGGGAGUCAUGGAAAUCAUAUUUAUUGUUGUAUGCACAUAUAUUUGACUAGGAAAUAUACACAAUAGUUUUAAGUAAAAAAAAAAAAUCAGAACCUUAUAUCAAGUCUAUUUAAAUUUACAGUAUAUUUUAGAUGGGAUUACAAACAAAUUGGUGAUCUUAUAUGACAAAUAUUUGCUAGUACUUCUGGGCAAUAUUUCAACUCUUGAACAUUGAUGUUCUCUGUAAAGGGUAUGGGACUCAGGAUCGACAGUGUCUAGGUCGACACCUAUUGGGCGACAGUGAGAGGGUCGACAGGAAAAAGGUCGACAUGAGUUUUUUAUGUUUUUUAGGUGUCGUUUUCUUCGUAAAGUGACGGGGAACCCCAAUUAGUGCACCGUGUUCGCUAGCCAUGCUUCGGUCAGAGUGCCUUGCUCCACUAUUGCUGCGCUCGGCACAGGUUACCAUUCCCUAUUGUACUCCACGUGGAUCAUAAAGUAUGAAAAUGUGUAAAAAAAAAAUGUGAAAAACUCAUGUUGACCUUUUUCCAUGUCGACCUAUUUCCUGUGUUGACCUACUCACUGUCGACCUAAUGUGUGUCGACCUAGAGUCCGGAUACCCUCUGUAAAAGAGGUAACACAAAGUACUAUAGUAAAAAUGUACAAAGUAUGUAAAAGUCUAUGUACUUGAACGGAAUAUAACCUGUUUGUUUAAAUCUAUUUUAUAAGACUGCAAAUAAAGUCACCUAUUAAUAUACA